CUUACUUUGGUGGUCAUUAGGAAGAAUGAUUCUUUCAUUGGAGGUCAGUGAGAAGAAUGUCCCUUACAUUGUGGUCAGUGAGAAGAAUGCUCCUUACAUUGGUGUGAGGUGGAAGAAGAAUGCUCCUUACAUUGGAGAUCAGUGGGAAGAAUGUCCCUUACAUUGUGCUCAGUGAGAAGAAUGUCCCUUGCAUUGUGGUCAGUGAGAAGAAUGUCCCUUACAUUGUGGUCAGUGAGAAGAAUGUCCCUUACAUUGUGGUCAGUGAGAAGAAUGCUCCUUACAUUGGUGAUCAGUGGGAAGAAUGUCCCUUACAUUGUGGUCAUUGGGAAGAAUGCCCCUUACAUUGGGGGUCAGUGGGAAGAAUGCUCCCUACAUUAGUGAUGAGGGAGAAGAGUGUCCCUUACAUUGGUGGUCUUUGGGAAGAAUGCUACUUACAUUGGUAGUCAGUGAAAAGAAUGUCCCUUACAUUGGUGGUCUUUGGGAAGAAUGCUACUUACAUUGCUAGUCAGUGAGAAGAAUGUCCCUUACAUUGGUGGUCAAUGAGAAGAAUACACCUAACAUUGGUGGCUAUUGGGAAGAAUGCUCCUUACAUUAGUGAUGAGGGAGAAGACUGCUCCUUACAUUGGAGAUCAGUGGGAAGAAUGUCCCUUACAUUGGUGGUCAGUGGGAAGAAUGCUCCUUACAUUGGUGGUCA